AUGAAAAUCUGUGUGGUACUAUUCUGUUUCAACAAUUCUCUCUCCAACUUCUUCUUCUUCGCCGCCAUUUCCCUCUUACUCUCUGCCACUCACACUCUCCAAAUAUCCCUCUUUGCACCCAUAUCAAAAGACGAUUCUACCCAACUCUACACUCUCUCCCUUCUCCUCAAAACCCCUCUUCAGCCCACCAAACUACACCUCGACCUUGGUUCCUCCUUCACCUGGCUCCUCUGCGACUCCACCUACACCUCCUCUUCCUACCACCGCAUUCCCUGCAACUCCUCCCUCUGCGCCUCCUUCCACGCCGCCGCUUGCUCCAACGACACAUGCGCACUCUUCCCGGAAAACCCAGUAACCAGAAACGCCGUUCUUAACACCGCACUCAUUGACUCGCUCGCUCUGCCUAACUCGGACGGGUCAACUCAGGGCCCACUCGUUCUUCUCUCCGAUUUCGUCUUCUCUUGCUCAACACCCUCCUUGCUUCAAGGCCUAGCUAGCAAUUCCUCCGGUCUAGCUGCACUAGGCCGGUCCAACCACUCCCUCCCGGCCCAAAUCAGCGAUGCCUUGUCCUCCACGCGCUGUUUUGCGCUCUGCUUGCCCGGUUCAGCCUCGAGCCCUGGCGCGGCUUUCUUCGGCUCGACCGGUCCUUAUUUUUUUUCUUCCAAAAUUGACCUCUCAAAGUCGCUUAAUUACACCCCUCUAAUCGUGAACCCGGUUGGGGACACUGUCAUCAACUACAACGGACAACCGUCCGAUGAGUAUUUCAUAAACCUGACCUCCAUCCGAAUCAACGGUAUACCUCUCCCCAUCAAUUCGUCGAUCCUGACCGUUGAUCAGAACGGCUUCGGUGGGACCAAGAUCAGCACGUCUGAUCCCUACACCGUUCUGGAAACUUCCAUCUACAAACGCUUCGUGGAGCUGUUUGCGAACGAGUCCUCCGCUUUCAACUUAACGGUGACGGAAGCCGUCGAGCCAUUUGGUUUGUGCUACCCUGCGAAAGACCUCACGGAGAACAGUGUUGGACCCGCUGUGCCCACCGUUGAUCUUGUGAUGCACAGCGAGGAUGUGUUCUGGAGAAUCUUCGGGCGCAAUUCGAUGGUGAGGAUUGAAAAGGAAAGAGUUGAUGAUGUGUGGUGUUUGGGUUUUGUGGAUGGUGGGGCCCAUAGGAGGACGCCCGUUGUAAUUGGAGGGUACCAGUUGGAGGAUAAUCUUGUGCAGUUUGAUCUUGAUUUGAACAGAUUCGGUUUCACCUCAUCUCUGUUACUUCAAGCUACCACGUGUAACAAUCUCAAUAUCACUCACUAAUUUUGCCAAUUACAUUGUUCCACUUCCAAACAAUU